AUGAUGCCGUUGUGGAUCCUAGUUGUUCUUCUAACUUUCUCAUACAGCGGGGCACAUAAAAUACUUGUGGUAUUUCCACUACCGGAGCAGAGUCACAGUAUCCUGGGAGCUAGAUUCGUCAGGCACUUGCUGAAUUAUGGACACGAGGUAACAUACAUAACACCGUUUGUCGAAAAGUAUACGCAUCCGAAUCAACAGCAGGUGGAUGUGAGCCGUAACUUAAAGUUAAUUCCAGAAAAUCCAGUGAACCUAAGUUCAUUGAUGAGUAAAGAGGUCCUCGCACCAGGAUUUACGGAAACAAUGAAUUUCAUGAAUUUGGUGGCGGUACAGACGCUGGAAAACGAAAACGUCCAAAAACUUCUGAAAAAUCCAAAUCUCGAAUUCGAUUUGGUUAUACUCGAAUGGAAUUUUAGUGAACUGUUAACGGGAAUUGCCGCAGUACUCGAUGUACCUUACAUAUGGGUGUCCAACUUGGAACCUCAUUGGUUGAUAACACGAUUGGCGGGAGAAAGUUUCAACCCUAUAUUCAAUAGCAAUAUCCUAUCGCCAUAUAUCCCACCACUAAAUCUGUAUCAACGCGUAGAGGAGCUUUGGACGCAAAUCACUUUUCAUUUCCACAUAUAUUGGAAUAACGACAGAAUACAAAGAAACAAUUAUGAAAGAUUCUUUGGAGAUAUCAUUCGUAUGAAAGGCCGAGAGCCUCCGUUGUUUGAGGAACUCAAACGCAACGGAUCGUUCGUGUUAGGUAAUUCGCAUCUGGCCUUGGGACAUGAUUUGAGGUUUCCGAACAAUUACAGGAACGUUGGCGGGUACCACGUUGAUGAGGAGGUUAAGCCCUUGUCACCGAAAUUAGAAAAACUGAUGAAUAACGCUGCAGAUGGCGUCAUCUACUUCAGCAUGGGAUCGAAGCUUAAAAGUGAAGAUUUUCCAGUCGAUAUCAAGAAAGGCCUCAUGAAAAUGUUUGGAGAAUUAAAACAGACUGUGUUGUGGAAGCUCGAUGAUAAAUCUAUCGAUCCUCCAAGUAAUGUGCAUAUUUUUAAGCGAUUACCUCAACAGAGCUUGCUUGCACAUUCAAACUGCGUUGUUUUUAUCACCCACGGCGGCAUUCUCUCUACGAUCGAAGCUGUACAUUACGGGGUUCCAAUCAUUGGGAUACCGGCGUACGGCGAUCAAUUCCUCAACAUAGAAAGACUUGUAAGGAAGGAUCAGGCUAAGCGAGUUGAUCUAUCACACUCUUUAGUUGCUGACCUGAAGUAUGCUAUUGACGAACUUCUAAGUACGAAACGGUACAACGACACAGCAAAGAACAACUCCUUCAUUUUUACCCAUCGUACCGUAAACGCUGGUGCCGAGAUAGUUCACUGGGUUGAGCACGUGAUCCUCACUAAAGGCGCCAAGUAUCUCAGGACCGAGAAUCUGGAUCUACAUUGGUACCAAAAACUAUAUUUGGACUUAGGUCUGCUUUUAAUUUCGGCAUUUCUGUUUCUUACGUAUUCAUGUAAAUUGUUCUUGAGUUUUAUUAGUAAGACGCGGAAAGUGGAUGUGAAAAAGAAGAAGAAAUAA